UUAAAAAGAUAUUAAAAUAAAAAAGGGGGAGUGUGUGUAGGAUUCGGAUUUGGAUUCGCUGGCUGCUCUUAACGAUUUAGCUUUUGGAUGAAAAAAAAAAAAGGAUUCACAUGGCUUUGCCCCUCCCAUCACCCAGAAAUUAACACAGCAACGCAUGAAAACGACUCUCAACUCCUUCAAUAUCUCUUCCUCUUCUUCUUCUCUGUCUGGAUCUUGUAAGAAUCAAAAACCAGAGAUAAACUUUUUUUUUUUUCUGGAAGAACCCAGAAAGAUUCCCUUUUUUGUUUUUUUUGGGGGGGUUUGUUUUCAGGGCAAUGGAAUCUCUCAAGAACAGAACAUUGCUUAAGGUUAUUGUCCUCGGCGACAGCGGGGUGGGGAAGACAUCUCUGAUGAAUCAAUACGUCUACAACAAGUUCAACCGACAAUACAAAGCCACGAUCGGUGCUGAUUUUGUCACUAAGGAGUUGCAUGUAGGAGAAAAACCGGUCACCCUUCAGAUCUGGGACACUGCAGGGCAAGAAAGGUUCCAUAGCUUAGGAUCCGCGUUUUACAGAGGAGCCGAUUGCUGUGUUCUUAUUUACGACGUGAAUGCCCUCAAGACGUUCGAGUCUCUCAACAACUGGCACGACGAAUUCCUCAAGCAGGCGAAUCCCGUCGAGCCCGAGACCUUUCCCUUCGUUUUGAUCGGGAACAAGAUCGAUAUAGACGGUGGAAACAGUCGAGUGGUUGCAGAUAAGAGAGCUACGGAAUGGUGCGGAUCAAAGGGAGGCAUUCCAUACUACGAGACAUCGGCCAAGGAGAAUAUGAAUGUGGACGAAGCUUUCCUGGGAAUUGCCCACAAAGCUCUUUCCAACGAGCGUCAACAAGACAACAUUUAUUUCAGAGACAUGUCUGAAUCUGUGUCAGAAGCGAUAGAGCAAAGAGGAGGAGGAGGAGGAGGAGGUUGUGCUUGCUGAAUCAUAUUGUCUGAUCCAAAACCCCACUGGAUUCUGUUCUAAUAUCACUGUUUUAUUUUGCCCCUCUUUUGUCUUUAUUUUGUUGCAUUUUUUAUUUUUAUUUAUAGGAUUGCGUUUUUUUUCCUCCUAAAUUUCAAUGUGUUCUCUGAUGUUAUUGACUCGUGUAUAGCAUUUUAUAUCUUAUAA